CGGCAGAGGUGAGUUUCCUUUCAGGGGGAAAAAUAGAGUUUGAUCAUUAAAGACACGCUAUUAUCUUCCUCUACGUUAACGCUGGUGAGUCCAGUGAAGGCGGCGGGACUGGAGUUUGCGCAGACCGACAGAUCAUGUGAACAGUUUCAGAGCUGGAGGACUUUGGGCCAAGCAACAACUGAAUAUUCCUGCUACGAGCCGCCACCACACACCUGACACCAUGACGGCAGAGGAAGCCAUCAACAUUAAGGAGGGGGAGGUGAUCAAGCUCAUCCUGGACUUCCUCAACUCCAGGAGGCUGCACAUCAGCAUGCUGGCCUUGGAGAAGGAAAGUGGGGUCAUUAACGGACUCUACUCUGACGACAUGCUCUUCCUCAGGCAACUCAUUCUGGAUGGCCAGUGGGAGGAGGUGUUGCAGUUCAUUCAGCCUUUGGAAGGAAUGGACAAGUUUGACAAGAAAAGGUUCCGUUACAUCAUCCUGAAACAGAAGUUCCUGGAAGCUUUGUGUGUAAAUAACGCCAUGUCAGCUGCUGAAGAUCCUCAUAACCUGGAGCUCACCAUGCAGGCGGCGGUCAAAUGCCUUCACAGCCUGGAGGAAUUCUGUCCGACCAAGGACGACUACAGCAAGCUGUGCCUCCUCCUCACCCUGCCCCGCCUCACCCACCACGCCGAGUUCAAGGACUGGAACCCGAGCACGGCGCGCGUCCACUGCUUCGAGGAGGCCUGUGCCAUGGUAGCCGAGUUCAUCCCGGCAGACAGGAAGCUGAGUGAGGCCGGAUUCAGGGCCAGCGGGAACCGCCUCUUCCAGCUCCUCAUCAAAGGGGUCCUUUACGAGUGCUGUGUGGAGUUCUGCCAGAGUAAAGCCACUGGAGAAGAGAUCAGAGAGGGUGAGGUGUUGCUCGGUGUGGAUCUGCUGUGUGGGAACGGCUGCGAAGAGCUGGAUUUGUCGUUGCUCUCCUGGCUGCAGAACCUCUCCUCCAGUGCCUUCACCUGCGCUUUCGAGCAGAAGACCCUCAGCAUCCACGUGGACCGCCUGGUGAAGCCCAGCAAGGCCGGACAUGCCGACCUCCUCGCUCCAUUAAUCAACCGUCUGUCCCCCUGCCCCACCUCGCCCUUUCGCCAGCGCCCCCAUUCAGCCGACACCUACAUGUCGAGAUCCCUCAACCCAGCUCUGGAUGGCUUGUCUCACGGUCUGGCAGCGCAGGACAAGAGGAGCAUGGAGGCCAACAUGAAGCCUGCUCUCAGCCGGAGCCUCGUGGAGAACAAUGUGCAUCAGCAGGAUGAUUCACCUGAGAGGCAGCACCCCCAGGGGCUGGACAGACCCAACAGCACACGCACCCCUCUGAAUCCUGGGAAAGAUGGCAGGCCAGCAUCCAGCACAGAAACACCCGAGGGCUGUGACUCCACAGAGCACAUACAGGAGUAUUACCGGCAUCGCCUCCGCGUGCAGCAGCACCUGGAACAGAAGCAGCAGCAGAGGCAGCUUUACCAGCAGAUGCUGCUGGAGGGAGGAGUGAAGCCGCAGGAUGGAGCCCAGCACGACCAACUCACCGAGACGUUCCUCAGCAGAUCCAUUCAGAGGUUGGAGGAGAUGAACGUGAGCAUUGACCACCGAGGAGAUGAAGUGAUGACUCAGCUGGGCCAGCAGUGGAACGGACUGGCGGUUAGCAACAACAGCUCCAACCCCAGGACACCCAACGCCCGCCACCCCUCAGACAAGGGGAGUAAGUCGGGUGUGGGGAGCAGCAGCAGCCCUUUAAGCCCCGGGAGCCAUGACUUUCCUCCACAUAGCGAGUCCCCACUUCCUACUAGUCAGAGCGCUGAAAGAAUCAGAGCGUCUGGUCCCACAAUCCAAGGCGAUUUGAGCUGCUCGACCACACGUAACACACACGAGCCAGGAAAGUUGAAAAGCCAGUUUGUUAAACUGAGCCAGCUUGAGGACACACAGGCACUGCGCGCAGUGGCCUUCCACCCCUCUGGAGCCCUGUACGCCGCCGGGUCCAACUCAAAAACCCUCCGAGUUUGUGCCUAUCCAGAAACAAUGACCUCCAGUGGCUCCGUCAAGCAGCCUGCGGUUCGCUUCAGAAGGAACAAACAUCACAAAGGCUCAAUCUACUGUGUGGCCUGGAGCCACUGUGGACAACUGUUGGCUACCGGCUCCAAUGAUAAAUAUGUUAAAGUCUUGCCCUUCAAUGCCGACAGCUGCAAUGCCACAGGCCCAGACCUGGAGUUCAGCAUGCAUGAUGGUACUAUCAGGGACCUGGCCUUCAUGGAGGGCCCUGAGAGUGGGGGAUCUAUAUUGAUCAGUGCCGGGGCUGGAGACUGCAACAUCUACACCACUGACUGCCAGAGAGGGCAAGGGCUUCACGCCCUGAGCGGACACACGGGUCACAUUCUGACUCUGUACACCUGGGGAGGUUGGAUGAUCGCCUCAGGCUCACAGGACAAGACGGUUCGGUUCUGGGACCUGCGAGUACCCAGCUGUGUUCGGGUGGUGGGCACAACUUUGCACGGGUCAGGAAGUGCAGUUGCUUCAGUAGCUGUGGAUCCCAGUGGCCGCCUGCUGGCCACCGGUCAGGAGGACAGCACCUGCAUGCUGUAUGAUAUUAGAGGAGGCCGCAUCGUCCAGACGUGUCGCCCCCACAGCAGCGACAUUCGCUCUGUUCGCUUCUCACCUGGAGCCCAUCACCUCCUCACCGGCUCCUAUGACAACAGGAUCAUCAUCAGCGACCUUCAAGGUGACCUGACGAAGCCCCUCCCUCAAACGUUAGCCGGAGAACACUCAGACAAGGUGAUCCAGUGCAGGUGGCACCCGCGUAACGGGACCUUCCUGUCUUCAUCUGCUGAUCGAACUGUCGUCCUUUGGGGUCCAGGCCCCUGAGAGGCAGAAGUACAAAUAAAAGCAAGAGCGGCCGUGAGCACAAGAGCACAGUGUGCACAAACAUCUGUCAUGGGUUCCCUAAUUGCAGUGAGGUGUGUGUGUGUAUGUGAAUUGAUGUGAGUGCACUUUGUGAGCAUCGAGUUGUCUUAGUGUUGCUUGGUUUAAAGCAAAGAAAUCGUGUGCCCAAUUCAAUUUUGAAGCAUCAAGUCGAUCAAAACACGCAUGAGCGUGUUUUCAAAUUCAAUUCAAUUUUAUUUAUAUAGCGUCUAUUACAAUAAAAGUUGUCACUAGGCUCUUUCCAGAGACCCAGAACAUGACAGUUGCUGUUUGUAGGUUUGAAUCCUAUUGUGAGUGUCUUUAUGAGCAUGUGGCUUUGUGUGUUUGCCAGCAAAUAUGUUAUUUUAGAAAUAUGUGUGUAUUUGGCAUUCAAGGUGACUGUAAUUUAAUUUGAUAGAAAAAUGCCAAAGGAAAAGGAAACAAUAAAUGUUAUGUUUCCAUAAGGGAUCCAUGUGGCUUUAGAGGAUGUGUGUUGGUUUAUUACCUUCUGGUAAAAAGAUAUAAUGACAAACGUGGAAUAAGUCAAGAACUGGUUGAUAAUGUCUUCAUCAAAAGGCACAAGUCCGUUCACUGCAAGCAUACUGCGCUUUGGAGGCGCUGCAUCAUCUAUACUUUCCACUGGAAGCAGUGACUGGAUGCUACCGUUACAGGAACAGUUUCAUUUAUGAUUGUAUCCAAAGCAACUUACAACUACUGCAGUCCAUGUUGUGGAAAAAAAGAAGCCACUUUCAGUUAUGCAUAUCAUAAUGUGCCUUUUUGUAAUAAUCAUAGAUUUUUUUGGAAGCCUGUAUUGAUUAAAAUGUUAUUUCUGUAAACAAUGUCUCUGUUGUGCAGGUACCGAUCAGCCACUGGCAUUUGUGCACCCUUGUAGUGUUAUUAUAAAGGGAUUUUUCAGUAAUUAUAAUAAAAGUACUUUGCAUGAAGGUUCAAAAUAGGUUGAUGUUUGGCACUUCACUGGUUCAGAAACUAAUUUAUAAACAAGCUUCUGAUAAAAUUAGACAUUGAAUUUUAAGCAGGUUUCCUCUUUUCUUUACUUAUCUGACCAUUUGCUUCCAUGCAAAGUCUAUUUAGUUGUGUUUCUCACAUGAUUAUGUAGAAAUUAUUAAUGAGGGCAGUGUCGACACCAAUUUGUGAAUCAAAUUGGAUGUGCAUAGCAUUUCAUUCACAAUGACUAAUUUAGGAAAGAUACACAAAGCUAUGAAUGGCUUUUUAAAUCUAGAGAAAAGGAUGUGUCUGUAUGUUUCUGUUUUUGUGCAUUCAAAUACCUUUAAUGAUGGAACUAAUCAACAUUUUUAUGCAUCUGGUCACUGAGCCCUUUACAUUUUACAACUAAAAGUUGCAUUUCAUCCUCACUUGUAUUGAGCAACUUGAGAAAUGUGAGAGAGAGACAAGCCUGUGUAAGUGCAGAGAAUAUUUAUUCAUGGUUAUCACAAAAUGCAUCUAAUUUUUUAACCUCUGUGUCAUUUUUUGAUGUUGAUGUCCACCUUUGUAGUUUUAAAGGAUGUUUAUGCACAAGUGCUUUAUAAUUGUUGGAGUCACCAAAAGGUUGGGUGGUUCAAACUGUUAACAGAGGAAAAAAAAAAGUUUCUGUCUCACACAUGCAUUUGCU